UAUGGAUCUUCAGAAUUGGGAUCCCUUUUUUGCUACAACUGGCACUAUGAUGCAAAGCCCAAUUCAGUGGGUCGACCGAGUCCUGGCUACAAGCUGAAGAUACUGAACGACCAAGGUGAGAAACUGGGUCCCAAUGAGGAAGGCGAGUUGUGCAUUAACAAUGGAAGCGUUUGGCCCGGAUAUUACGGAAAUCCAGAAGCAACGGAAGAAGUUUACAAGGACAACUGGUACCAUAGUGGCGACCUUGGUUACGUAGACGACGAUGGCUUUGUGUACAUCGUGGAUCGAAAAAAAGACAUGCUUUGGUACCAUAGCGACAAUUACUAUCCUCAUGAGCUGGAGGAACUGAUCUCCCGAAUGCCCGGAGUUGUUGAAGUUUGUGUGUUUGGUAUUUGGAGUGUGGAAAAUUGUGACGAGGCAGCGGCUCUUGUCACCAAGAAACCAGAUGUUCUGUUCAGCGAACAGGACGUAAUAGAUUUUGUAGAGAAGCAUGCUAGCACCGAGUUCCUGAGAUUACAUGCUGGCUGUUUAAUUGUUGAUGAUCUAAAGCACAAUCCCAAUGGAAAAAUAAAUCGUGCUGCCAACAAGGAAUACUAUAUUCGGAAGAAGGGUAUUCAAAUAGUGACAUAG